CGCGGGGGGCGACGGGAAGGCGGGGAGGGGCGGGGCCGGGCCCUGGCGGCGUCCGCAGGCCUCGGUCCGGUCGGAGCUCAGGUCCAGGGGUCGCGGGGUCGCGGGGUCGCCGCCCCGGGGGGUCCGGAAGCUGGGGCAGGGGCGUGACCUCAAGUGCGCCGUGACUGACCGGCGGCGGCGGCCGCUUCCGGGUCGGGCGGGGCAGGGGGCGGAGCUGAGGCAGGGGGAUGGCUCUGAGUGAAACGGCCAGGGCCAGGACACCGGACGGAGAGGGCGGGGGCCUUGAAACCGCUCAGGGCCGGGAGUCGGGGCGGGCGGAGCUGCGGAGGAACCGAGGCCACGCCCGCAGGCGCGCCCCGCCCACCCUGGAACUCAUCCUUUCAGGUCGCUUCCGGUCGCUCCCGGCUCGCACCGCCCAGGCCCCGACAUCACUUCCGCUCUGGUCACGCCCACUCGCUUGCUCCCGCCAUGGCGCCCGGCGGCCUGCGCGCCCUCCUGGUGGGCGUGGCACUGGCGGCGUGCGCUGCGAUGACGCCACCGGACCGCGAUGGGCCCCGCCCCCGAGCCAAGGCCCCGCCCCCUUCGCCCCUCACAGACGCCGAGCCCCGCCUCCCCGAUCCAGAGGCCACGCCACCGACCACGCCCAUCCGGAACCUGCGCGUCGACCCCGCGACCAUGCACGUGAUCUGGGACGUGGUGGGCGGGGCCGGGGCGGCCGGGGGCAGGGACAAGUUCCUGUGCCGCAAGGGGGAGCACGGCCCCACCCUGCGCACGCGAACCCCGGGUCCGCCCCCCGGGACCUGCGCUGCGCGGUGCGCGAGGUGGAUGCGGUGACGCCGACGCUGGCUAUGACGUGUCGCUGGAGGCGGGGUCCCGCAGCGCACGCGGACCUGCGCUACCGGAUGUUCUGGCGGGACGCACGGCUCCGCCCAGACCAUGACCUGGAGUGCGCGCGCCCCGAGGCCGACCUGGACAGCGACGGCGGCGAGCGCUGCACGGUGACCCUUGACCUCGGCCGUGACCCCGUGACCCUCGUGAUCGUGACAGUGAACGCCAGCCACGGGGGCGGGGCCGCGUCGGGGGGCGUAGCCGGGGCAGCCGCGGUGGCCUGCAGGGACAUCCCCGUGGACCUGGUGCAGGCGGAGGAGCUGGCCCCGCCCACGCUGACAGGGGUGUGCAACGGGUCCGAGGCGCGCAUGAGCUGGGCGGUGAGGAGUCACUUCCACCACAAGUUCGAGUUCACGCUGCAGAUCAACCGGUCCUCCCACGCAGAGCCGCAGUUCGUCCAGGUGAGUCGGCCACGCCCCUCCCUACUCCGCAAACCCCGCCUGAGGGCGUGUCCCCCGACGUCACCGCCAAGGCUCCGCCCCCAGGUCCAGGACAAACACUUCGAGAUCCUGAACGCGCGUGCUCUCUCCAUCCGGGUCCAGGCGAGUUGGGCGGAGGGCCUGAGGGUCAGCGGCUGGAGCCCCGCCCUGCGCCUGGCGUGUGACCCCGCGACCCCAGCAGAGGAAAAGUCAGCCAUGAUGGCGGCCUGGUUGGCCGCAGGGACAGGGAUGACAUUCCUGCUGCUGCUGCUGCUGCUGCUGUGGAGCAGGAAGUCGAUGCUCGCGCGCCUGUGCCCGCCCAUCCCACGCAUGCGUGUCCCUGUGGGAUCUACCAUGGAAGCCAUGACGCUGGGGGAGACGGUCGCGUGGGCGGUGGGAGCGGAGGACUGCGAGGUGACGCGGGUGACGGAGGCCUGAGCCCCGCCCUCAAUAAACCUCGGUGCACGCUGUG